CUCACGUCACCCGUUCACCACCGCGGCCCGUCCAAGCAGGCGCCUUACCCACACCGUCGCCAUUACUGUUUAACUCGUGUUGUGCACGUGCUGUUUUUGCUUCAUACAUCAAUAUAAACAUGGUGUGGUUGGCAGCAAUGGUGCUGGCGGUCGCAGUCAGUCUGGGAAACCACGGAUAUGCACAGGAGACCCAGGGGCCGAUUAUUCGUGCCUUCCACGUCUUAUCAGACAUAAAAUACCACUACGCCAUCACGCGUGUCUUCUGUCGUGUUGUGAAUCCUUCAGCCCAGUCUGACGAGGCGUUCUUCAUAGUCACCCUUCCCGACUCAGCCUUCAUCUCAGACUUCGUAAUGGAGGAAAACGGGAAAGUGUACAAAGGCCAUAUGAAAAGGAAACGUAAAUAUGAUAGAGCCGUGAAAGCUGGACAGUCAGCAGGACGAGUGGCUCUAGAUGCGAGAGAUUCCAACCAAUUCAUGAUUUCUGUGAACAUUGCAGCGCAAGGAAAAGCGACUUUCAAUUUGACUUACGAACAACUUCUGACCAGAAAAUUGGGGGUUUAUACUAAUACGAUCAGUGUCAGCCCAAAACAGAUUGUCGAUGAGAUGUCUGUCAGAGUACACAUCGAUGAACCAUCGGCCAUUUCUCACUUGGAGGUAUCUGAGUUGCAGGUUCCUGGGACGUCCGGUUCUGGAAAUAGGAGUCGAGUUGCAUUUGGAAAAAUCCAGGACAUCAGUGCUUGGGAGAAGGAGGUGAGCUGGGCACCGACUCCAGACCAGCAGAGAGGGCAGGGCACUGAGGGGUUCCGUGGGCAGUUGGUCGUCAAGUAUGAAAUCGACCGAGAGUCUACGCCAUUGCAAACAUUUAGUGAUCAAGAAUAUUUUAUAAACUUUUUCGCCCCAGACACUUUGACACAACUAAAUAAGUACAUUGUGUUCAUAUUGGACUACAGUGGCUCUAUGCUUCCCAAGAAAACAGAACAGCUCAAAGAUGCUAUGAUUCAAAUUAUUUCAGAACUCCAACCCACGGAUUACUUCAGUAUUGUUAUAUUUAACUCCGAUGUAAAGGUUUGGUCGCCAAAGGAUGGGGUAUUCAUGGCGGACGAAUUAAACUCAAAGGUUAAUCAGGGCGAAGUUGGAUAUAUUGUUGAAUCCUCAUUUGAAAACAUAGCAAAUGCUCAACAAUUCCUGCGCGACUUCUCGGAUUCAGGAGGCACGAAUAUAAUUAGAGGACUACGAACGGGAUUGGAGCUUAUGAAUAUCGGCUCCGAUUACUGGGUCCGUAACGGAACAAUACCGCCUGUGCCCAUCAUAGUUUUUCUAACCGAUGGUCAGCCUACCGAUGAGGAGACCGACCACGACGUCAUUGUCAGUAAAGUUACAGCUGAAAACCAUCACAGAAGUUCCAUUCACGCCCUAGGCUUUGGCUAUGAUGCUGAAAUGGAGUUUCUACGUAAACUGGCACGAUUCAACAAUGGCACUGCCCAGGCCAUAUACGAAGCUUCAGACGCUGCUUCGCAACUGAGAGACUUUUAUAAGAGCAUUGGAUCGCCCCUUGUUACUGACAUAAAUUUCAACUUCUCACCUGAACGGGUUGACAGUUCUACAAAUACCAUAACGAGAUUCCCCAUGUUUACCAAAGGAUCAGAAAUUGUUGUUUGCGGCAAGAUAAGAAAAGGCAAAGUAAAAAGAAGUGACAAACUUGGCGAAGUGAAUGGUAUUUCAGCUCGUGGAGUAAUUAAUUAUCCAAUAAUCUACAAUCCAAAAGGCAACAGAAUCCGUCGUUCUAUUGAAUCAGAACCUGAGAGUUAUUUUGAGAAGGCAUGGGCUCACGUAACUAUUCAUCAGUUAUUGGAUGAAGCCGACACACUUGAUGGAGAUGAGAAAAAUCAAACCUUAGAUAAAGCCAGUGAGUUAUCAUUGAAGUACUCUCUUGCUACUCCCGUUACAUCUGUGGUUGUGGCCAAACCUGAUGAACAAGAAGAAGUUGUCGUAGACACGGUUCCAGUCAAAGCUGGAGAUUGGUCUUACUCAGAUGGCGUUGGAAUUGACCUGGUAGUAAAUCAGCCUUCUAUUAGUGUAAAUUACACUCAGCCUCAGCCCAACUCAGGAAGAACAUCUGCACCUCCCGGACUUAAUCUUGAGUGCACAAUUAUUUUAAGCUUAUUUGUAUAUGUAAUUAAAACAGUUUUAUUGUUUGAAUAAAUUAGGUGGUCACUCUUUUGAUUAACAAAGCCA